GUCUGACCUUCUGCCUGGGGGCUACUGUGAGGACUCAGAUCACACCACCCAGUAGGUGCUGUUGUCAACAGAGGGAGGAAGUUGCUACCAAGAGUAUUUGUGAGGAAAGGAAGAGAGGAGAGGUUGGAGUUGGGCUGGAGGAGGAAGGCGGUUGCUCUUGGCGCCAGGGUCAAAGGCACUGGGAGGUGGUGGGGCUAGAACCAUGGGCCAGCUGGUCUGUGGGUCCGCCUGGCCUCCAGGGGCUGCCGCAGACCACGUGGCCUGAGCCUGGGCUGUGGGUUUCCUGCGGCAAUACCAGUUCCUAAAGGUAUUUUUAUUUGAGGCAAUGACCCUGUGGUUUUGGGGACCCUAGGAUGUUUGCGUUCCUGGGUGGGGCGGUUCUGCUUCCACGAUCACGAAAGGGGGAGAUUUGCCCACGGGGGUUGAGUGGGAAUCUGAGCCCACUCCUCGACCUUUCAAAAGAAAACUCAGGUGGUUCUCCUCUCCCACCUUCCCCCAGGCUUCCUCUCUCGUCCCCGCCAGUCCGGGGUGGGGUGCCUGGGCUGGAGGAAAGCUGCUGCACUGGGAAGGAAGAGCCUGAAGGGCUUCAGUGAUGCAGCAUCACCUGGGAGGUGAAACAAGAGCGCAGGCGCGCUCUCCUCAUUCGGAUGCCGCUCCCAUUUCCGGGGCGCCGCCAUGGGCUAGGUGCUGGGCGGAGCUCUUGGGUGCACCAGCUCACUGAGUGCUGUAAGGCAUGCGCUAGAAACCCACCAUACAGAGGGGAAACCGAGGCCCGAGGUCACAGAGCAAGUGCUGAGCAGGGAGGAGGUUCGCAGCCGGGCGGGGCGCUGCUUCUUGGGGGUCCCUCCCACCGCCCCCGGCCCUGGCGUCCCGCCCACCCCGGCCGGCGGCCAGUGCGGGAGCCGCGAGGGAAUGCGGGCUGCCCUCCAGGCCGACCUGGGUUCACCCGGCUGGUGUGUGUGCGCACCUCGGGCUGCAUGGGGCAGGGCUGCCCAGUGGGAGCCAGCAGGGGACUCUGAGGCCCAACUCUGCUCUUCCGGUGCUGAGAGCCCGAGGGAGGCGGCUUGCGCUCUCUUACCUCUGGUGGCCGCUCCGUGAGUGGGGACAGUAAACACACUGGCCCCCCCGGGGGGUGCGCGCACGCCUGGAAUGUGCUUGGCGCGGCCCUGGCAGGUUGCUAGCACCCAAGAGGACAAAGCCCACCAACUCCUGAGCGGCCCUUUGGCGCUGGGCGACGGGAGCGUCCAUCCCUAGAAAUGCGCCCUCGUAGACGCGGCGCCGGCCCCUGCUUCCGUCCUUCCAACGCUUGCUAGCGGCGGCAAGGCAGGUGGAAACCCGCUCCCUGGCCCGCCACCAUCGCCACAGAAACCACUGGGCGGGCAGGGCAGGGGUAGGGAGGGUGGGGCGCGAGGGAGGAGGGAAGGGGCGCCUCAGUCCACCUCCUGCCCCUGCCUCGUGCACAUGGCGAGGCGGGCACGCGCGCUGCAGGGGCUCCCGACCGCCCUGUCUCCCCUUCCCCGGGGUCGGCCCGUCGCCUCCCUCACCCGGGCACGGCUGUCGCAGCAGCUGGACAACGGUGACAUUGGUGAGGACGAUAUCGCGUUUCGACAUGGCCUAAGGUCUCAUGGCCUAGCCUCCCGGGGGCCGCCGCGAUGUUACUGCGGCGCGGGGCGCCUGGGCUAGUGUGGCCGGAGCUUCUCGCUGUGACGUCACAGUGCCCAGUGAUGUCACAGGGGCGGCGGCCAAGAGCGUGACGUCCGCGUGCCAAGCCCCACCGUCCCCAGGCCACCCGUGGCGUCUAGCAUAGAAUCCAGCUUUUUACUCUGGUCCUCAAGGCCCUAUUCUCUCCCCCUCCCCUUCCUUCUCCCUGGCUCUGGGCUGCUCCUUGGCUAGUUAGCCACCCUGGCUGUUUUCUCUUGCCUGAAAAGCCCUGCCCUGUCCUUGCUCGGGGGCCUCCUGGUUUCCCUCCGGUUCCACCCUUUCAAGAGGGACCCUCCUAACUCCCCAUGUAAAGUUCUCUCCUUCCUCCAUCACUGUCGCCAUGGCCUUCACCCCCUCAAAUCUGCUCAUCUUCCAGAAGCCUCCUCUGACUUCCCUUCCUGGGUUAGAUGCUCCUAUGUGCAAAGUUACUCUAUGGCUACCCUCUCUACAGUUUUUGUUUUCCUCACAGCAUAUGUCUCUCUCUCAAAAUCAUCCUGUUUAUUCGUUUUCUUGCCAGUUGUCUCUGCCCACCAGACUGUAAGCUCUCAGAGGGCAGAGUGCUUGUCUACCUUCACUUUUGUAUCCCGGUGACUAGAAGGUUUGGCGCCUGCAGGUGCUCACUCAGACGCCAGAAUGCGUAUAUAAAUAUCGCCGCCUCCCCUGUCUUCUGACUCCCAAUCUUAAAUUUAACUGACCUCCAAGCCAGAUCCUCUCACUGCACCCUGUUCUUCUCCUUGUGGCUUUUCAUGUAGUUUGUCAUGAUCUACUUACUGAUUUACAUGCUCAUUGUGUCCCGUUGUUCAGCACGGGGCCUCUGCUGCCACCUGGAACUGCCUGGCACAAAGCAGCUUCUGGGGAAGAACAGGACAGAUGGCUCUUUCCUCUAACGCACUGGGGGUGGGGGCUCAUUUGCACAUCUGUGAUACACAGGCGCCUUCACCUGCAGGGCUGGCUGACACACAGCUGUGACCAAGAUUUAGGGGGUGUGGGGGUUUGGGCCAGGAAGGAGUCAUUAUCCCGGACAGAGGUGUGGAAGCAAGAAGGGGCAGAAUGACAUAACCUCUUCCUUCCCUAAGUCUUCACGGGAACUCAGUUCACCAAGCACCCACAAUGGGACAGGGUGAGGGUGAGGGUGAGGCUCUCCUGCUUGGAUGGUCCAGAGAGGUGGAACUGAAAAUAAAUCGGUGUACAGAUGGGGAAUUUCAAUGGCCCAAGACCAAAAUGCAGGUAUUAAUUAAACAAAGGGGGAGAAACUUAACACAUAUGAUGGGGGUUGGGGAGAAGCGGGGCGUGGAAAAGCACACAAAUAAAACCAGGACUAAAAAGGGAUCAAUUUUGUACAACUUUACAAUAAUAGAUGUGAAAAGCUAGAUGCAAUUAAAAAUUUUCUUAGAAAAUAUAAAGGAGCACCCCCGGUGCAAACAGAAAUGGCAAAUCUGAGUAGGCCAAUAACAAGAGAAGAACCGGAGUUAAGAUCUAUCCUCCCCAAGGCUGAUUCAGAUCCAGAUGACUUUAUGGGCAGGAUCUGCCAAAAAGCAUCGGGAACUGGUGCGGGUCCUAUCCAGAGUGGGGAAGUCAGGUGGCAGUUCUCACGCGGAGGGGUUCUGGGCAGGGCAUGUGCUCCAAGGCCCCAUGAGCUGGCCAGCACACUUCCUGGGAGUGCUCUGUGGGAGGGCCCUGAUGCUGGGCCACGGAAACCUCCACUCGCUCUGGAAAGGCAGCAGGCUCACAUUACCCAAACCAGCGGAGGGCGGCAAAGAAAGGACAACUCCAGGCCAAUCUCUUAUGGGGACAGAUGCCAAAGUCCUGAAUCAAUUAGUGGCAAAUGGGAAUUGGAUCUAGAGGGACCCGGGCCCGGAUGACAGAAGACGGCAGGAUGGGCCGAGAGAGGGGUGGAAAGAGAAGAUGGGAGUACAUUUCAAAAGGAGAAACCCCACCUCUCCAUCUCAGGAUGGAUUAGGAUUCUGCAGGUCACCACCCACCCCUCCCCACCCUGCAAUCCCCUGGCAUGGGAAACUCCCUCAUUUAGGCACUGGACAAGGGCAGGAGAGCCACACCUGAGGUUGCCCAGGGAUUUGGCUUUGUCCCUGGAGCGUGAAACUGGGAAACAGAUUUAAUGAGCUCAAGCUUGGAGAGGUGGCGUGAUUAGUCACCCUCUAUAGGCAGUGCCUAGAAAUGGCAGAAGUUCCUGGAUCUCUGGGCCUGGGUGUCCAGGACCUGGAGUGGAAGUGUGGGUCUUCUGACGGGAGUGGGCCUGGUCACCCUUGUUUGAGCAAAGCCUGAAAACACAUGCAGAUUCUCACCACACCCGAGCACCCACACACAUACCUCUGUCACCCCUGCUGGCUCACACCCUACACAUUCCUUCCCACCUGCAAUCCCACCUCCACCCCCUGUCUGUCUCUCCCUUUGGCACCCAAACCCAAAUAUCUUUCAUCCCUGCACCUAACUUACCCACCCACUGGCUCUUGUUCUUCUGGUCUCGGCCUGCUUCUAGCCCCAGAUAGCUAUGCUGCCACAAGACCUCCCAGCCACCACCUGUCCUUCCUUCUGAUGACCCUCUUCAUGCCCAGGGUAGACUCCCAGCCGUUCCCCUCCAACCUAUGCCACCAUGUCAAUGCUUGGGGCUUUAGGUUGGGACCAAGGAGGCCCCAGGGGGAGGAAGGAAGGAAGGAUGAGCCCCUGGCCUCCAGCCCAGGUUCUGGCUGACAGUCUCCCACUGCCCCAGGUCUUCAGCCCCUCCCCGUGGCUGCCCCAACUGGCUUUUCAGGAGACACUGCGUCCUGUCCCAGCUCAUGGCAAUCGGUCCUCUGCCCUUGCCCAAGGGCUGGGAAGCAGGAGGCCAAGGUCCCGGCUCCAAAAUCUAUAAGCCUUCCCAAGGGGCCCCAGGCUGCUCUGGGGACCCAGGCACCCUUCUCUGCAGCACCCUCUGAGACCCAGGCUUGGCCUGUCUUCCCGGGGCUUCCCUUAGCAAGCAUACUAUGUGUGCUUACAUCACAUACCUUUUUGGAGUGCUUCUUUAAAUCCAUCCAUUUGUUCAAUCUAUAAAUAUUUACUGAACCCCAGGUAAUGUUCUAAAAAUUGGGGAUACAGCAGUGACCAACACAAAAGCCCUGUCCUCUGGAAGUUUACAAUCUGAUAGAUGAGGCAGACAGUAUAAAAGAUAAUUUCGGAUCGUGGUGCUUAUAAAAACAAAAGGAUGGUAUCACCCAGGAUAACUGAGAGAUGGCCAAGGAUGGUGGUUUUUUUUUUUUUUUUUUUUUUUUGUGGUGACAUUUGAACCAAGAACAGACUAAGAAAGAACCCACCAUGUGAAGAUGUGAGUUCUGCUUUCCAGGCAGAGAGGACAGCAUGUGCAAAGGCCAUGAGGCGGGAAUGAGCCCGGUAUAUCUGAGGACCAGGGAGAAGACCUGUGGGGCUGGGACGUAGUAAGCGUAGGGGGGUGGCAACGAGAACAGUGAGUCUCUGAUGACUCCCUCAACUCCCCAAGGGUGCUCUCCUCCCCCCUGACUGAGCCUCCCAUCUUCCUAGACUCUUCCUGCUGGGGAAACUGGAUCCUUCGAUCCCCUGAGAGGAGUGAAGAACUAGGCCUGGGUCCUGGGGAUGGGGGUGAUUGAAGGUGAGGUUGGGAGAGAGGAGGCCUAGAUAGUGGGUGAGGAAUGAAAAGAGGAGGUGGUUGGAAGGGCAGACAUCUGGGCUUUGGGGUGGAGGGCCUGAGCUGGGCAAGGAGCAAAGAUGCCACGUGAGUGUUCUCCAUUCAUGACUCACCUCUUCCUCCUCCUCUUCAUUGCUCAACUCAAGUUCCCUGGGAAAUAGGUCCCUGACUGGGGACCAAGUCAGUGCCUCACAGGGGUAACUGAGUCAUGAGGGGUGGAGAAGAGAGAGGGAGGUAGAGUAUAAAUAGCAGCUUUGCUUCCCCGGCUCCUCUCUGCAUCCUCCCCACCCUUCCAACAACAUGCACCUUGCCAGUUUGGUUAGCUCCUGCUCCCUCCUAUUGCUAUUGGGGGCCCUUCCUGGAUGGGCGGCCAAUGAUGACCCCAUUGAGAAGGUCAUUGAAGGAAUCAACCGAGGGCUGAGCAAUGCAGAGAGAGAGGUGGGCAAGGCCCUGGAAGGCAUCAACAAUGGAAUCACUCAUGCUGGAAGGGAAGUGGAAAAAGUUUUUAAUGGACUUAGCCACAUGGGGAGCCAGGCCGGCAAGGAACUGGACAAAGACGUCCAGGGGCUCAACAACGGCUUGGACAAGGUAGCCCAUGGGAUCAACAGUGGCAUCGGACAAGCAGGAAAGGAGGCAGAGAAAUUUUCUCAUGGGGUCAACAGCGCUGCUGGACAGGUUGGGAAGGAGGCAGACAAAGUGAUUCAGGGGGUUCAUCAUGGGGUCAACCAGGUGGGAAGUGAGACAGGGUGGUUUGGCCAUGAGGUCCACCAUGCUGCCGGGCAGGCUGGGAACGAGGCGGGGAGGUUUGGCCAGGGGGUCCACGAUGCUGCAGGGCAGGUUGGGAACGAAGCAGAGAAGUUUGGUCAGGGGGUCCAUCAUGGGGCUAACCAGGCUGGGAAGGAGGCGGAGAAGUUUGGUCAGGGGAUCCACCAUGCUACUGGGCAGGCUGGGAAUGAGGCAGAGAAGUUCGGCCAUGGGGUCCAUCAUGGGGUUAACCAGGCUGGGAAGGAGGCGGAGAAGUUUGGCCAGGGGAUCCAUCACGGGGUUAACCAGGCUGGGAAGGAGGUGGAGAAGUUUGGCCAUGAUGUUCAUUAUGCUGCAGGGAAGGCUGGGGAAGAGGGAGACAAAAUAGUCCAAGGGAUCCAUCCUGGGGUCAACCAGGCUGGGAAGGAGGUGGAGCACUUUGGCCAGGGAGUUCACCAUGCCGUUGAACAGGCUGGAAAGGAGGCAGACAAAGUGGUCCAAGGGGUCCACGAUGGGGUCAACCAGGCCGGGAAGGAGGCAGAGAAAUUUGGCCAAGGGGUCAACCACGCUGCUGGCCAGCCUGGAAGGGAAGCGGAGAAACUUGGCCAAGGUGUCCACCAUGCUGCUGGCCAGGCUGGGAAGGAGGUGGACAGGUUGCAGCAGAAUGUUCAUAAUGGGGUCAACCAAGCCGGCAAGGAGGCCAACCAGCUGCUGAAUGGCACUCAUCCAGGCGUUUCCACCGGCCAGCACGGAGGGGGCGCAACCACAACAGUAACAUCUGGAGCCUCGGUCAACAAGCCCUUCAUCAACAUUCCAGCUCUGUGGAGGAGCGUCGCCAACAUCAUUCCCUAAACUGAUGCACUGGCCUCCCUCAGCAGACUGACAUUCCUGUUGUCAUACUAGCUGAAAUGACCCGGAAGAGCUGGGGGCGGGGGGCAGAUUUCCUGAGUCCCGGGAGGAGGCUAUACUGGGGUUUGUGAAUAAAUAUGACACAUUAUACUCUCA